GUCGGUGCGGGAAAAUUCGACAUGGAAGGGGAAAAUCGAAGUUGCAACGGGUGGCGAGUUUUUCGCAACCACCUAUGCGGGUGCCAACUGGCCCGACCCGCUGCUCCGUUGGGCUCGUCCAGUUUUCUACUGCCUGCACCCAAGAUGAAGAUGAUGCGUCGCCGCGCCGCGUGGUGGGUCGUUGGCGCCGCACUCUGUUUGGUCGACGUGUCGGAAGCGUUUGGCUCAUUGCCGCAAACGGACGGCUCGACGACGCGGUGCUGGGCCAUCGCGGAGGACCCGACUGUCAAGCAGCCGAGUGAGUCGAACCUGGUCAAGGAUGCAGAAGGCGUGGGGUGUCCGUUCAGAGUGCGCUUCUCGCUGCCGUCAGCUGCUUUGGUGAACGAAAAGAUGAGUGUUACGUGGACCUUUUCGUACUCGGCGGCGACGAUCGAGGGCAACACGAUUGGCUACAAGCUGCCGAUCCCGACGAUCAUGGAGCCAGUGACUGGCCAGUUGGUGCAAAUCGUCCACUCCAACAUCCACGCGUGCAAGUACAGCUCGGCCAGCGUCUGCGACGCGUUCGUCGAUGCCGAAAUCGUUCGCGACCACACGCCCAACCAACCGGGCAACUUUACCCCCGGGACAAGCGAAGCCACGUUUGUGUACAGCGACUUGGCGUUCCCAACUAGUGGCGACAUGUACGUUCUCGCCCAUUUGGCUCUGCCAGGUCCGAACGCCACCUUUCGCUACGACUUUGCUGCGUAUCGUCGUAUUUCCAUUUUGGCGGCGGUGGCGCCGCCGACCGCCGCCACCCUCGCCCCUCUCCCGACGCAAGACGUUGACAACCACUCGGUUGUGUACAUUGUCGCGAUCGGCGGAGGCGUGCUCGUUGUGAUCGUGAUCGCAGCCCUCCUGAUCUACCGUCACAAGCAUCCCCGCUACUACCCGCCUUACCCUCCCCACCACUUGCAAUCGCCGUACCCCGUCAACUCGACGGGGGGGUACUCUCCGCUUGACGGCGUUCUCGGCCGCUCGAACGACACAAAGUCAACGCGUGGUGGCCGCCGCCCGACAAAUACUGGGACUGCCGACACCACGCACUCGUCUACAGGAGCUCCAUGGUUGUAUUCCAGUGGGGGCGGAGCCGUGGACACGUCGUCCGUGCCCGGGGGAGGCAGCACGUUUGGAAACGCAUUUAGCACUGGGUCGGCGACCGGCAUUUCGCGCGCUGACGAAGAGACGCUCCAGCUCUGGCGGCUGGAUGAAAACCAAGUCGUGGCACGGCACAUGCUCUCUCGUGGCGCGUUUGGUGAAGUGUGGAAGGGCGAAUACCGCGGCACGCCCGUGGCCGUGAAGAAGCUGCUGGCGAGCCAGUCGUCGCCGGACGCCAUGAAAACGUUUGUGGCCGAGAUUUUACUCAUGGCCAAGUUGGACUCGAAGCUCAUCGUCAAGUUCAUCGGAGUUGCGUGGUUCCGCAAGGCCGAGAUGAUGCUCGUCUUGGAAUACAUGGACCAAGGCGACCUCCGCAGUAAACUGGAAUCGACCACGCCCGCGACGUUCCCGCUCGAAGACAAACUCGACUGCGCGCUGAGCGUAGCCGAAGGGCUCGUCUACUUGCACACCCUCGACACCACGAUCAUCCACCGCGACAUCAAGUCGCGCAACGUCCUCUUGGACAGCCAGAAAGGCAUCAAGCUGACGGACUUUGGUGUGUCACGCGAAUCGACGUCGGAAACCAUGACGAUCGGCAUCGGGACGUACCGGUGGAUGGCGCCAGAGAUCCUUAGCGAAAGCCACUACACGCAAGCGGCCGACAUCUACUCGCUCGGCGUGAUCUUGUCCGAGCUCGACAUGCACAUUGUCCCGUACAGCGACCAAGUCACGGCGAAAGGGAACCCGCUCAACGACACGGCCAUCAUGGGCCGCGUCAUGCAAGGCACGAUCCAGCCGACCUUCUCGACUCGGUUUCCGCCGGCGUUGCUCGAGCUUGCCAAGGAAUGCCUCGCUCUAGACCCCGUCGACCGCCCGACCGCCCUCGCCGUUGCGUAUCGGCUUGGCCGAAUUCGAAGGCUCCAUCGCCAGGAGUCUGCCUCUGGGAUUGUCUAACGGCGUCGUCGUCGACUAGUGCCAUCGAUUGUGUCCAUCCUAACCGAUGAACUAACGACGGUCGACUCGACUCCUCUACGUUGUCGCGGGCGGUUCUGCGUUUGGCGAUGGAGCGAUCGGUA